GGCACACGUGACCGCCCAGCGCCACGUGACGCGGGCCGGCAGCGCGGCGGAGCGGGACGGGAGCGGUGCAGCCAUGGUGUCCAAAAAGCAGCUGGCAGACUUUGGCUACAAGGCAUUCUCGGGCUCCAUGAUGCUGCUGACGGUGUACGCCGGGUACCUGUGCAGUGUCCGCGUCCAGAGGAUGCUCCAGCACCGCCGUGAGCGGGAGAACGCGCCUGGCCCCGAGAGCUGAGCCUGCACUGGGAGCUGGGACUGGCCCCAGGAGCUGGGACUGGCCCCGGGAGCUGGGACUGGCCCCGGGAGCUGGGACUGGCCCCGGGAG